AUGACCAACAUGAGUGAAGCCGGCCAGACUGGGACAUGCGAUCCAACGCUGUCUAUUGCACAACAGAUCCCGGCAGUGCAAUGUUCCUGUGCCAUGCCGAUGAAGAAAGUGGAUAUGAGUUACUGUUCGCGAGUAUGUGCAAAGGGCGAGGCCUCAACGCAAUUUCGGAACACCGUCCUCAAGGGCAUAGCGGGCACAGCCACAACGCCAGAUGCGGUCGGGGGUAUUAUCAAGGCCGUCUUCUAUGCGGGCCUCCACCUGUCAGGGACUAUCCCAGAUUGGAACGAGCAUACGGUUUGUCUGUCCACUUUCGAUUUCAUCAUGCGCAAGUGCGCUCGGGGUUUCAAGUGCAUGCCCCAUGACAUGGACAGAUCAUGGAGAUGCCACGGUGUUUGGGACAGCCUCAACAACCCCGGGGAUUCCUACGUAUGCAAAGUGGUCGAGUGGUGGGAUGCCUGCUGCCCGACAAGAGACCCGCCUGCCCGCGAUGAGCAGGAUUGUGCAGGCUGUGGCCAGGACCAAUACUUCUGCGGAUGUUCCGAAAUCGGCGACGGUGUGAGGCCCACGCAUUAG